AUGAAGCCCCAGGAAACGGACUUAGAAAGCGAGACGAAAGAAGAUGCUGUUAUAACCAUAACAAAUGGAACAACACUUCCAGAUGAUAUCUUACGAUUGCGGAAGAGAAGAAGUCCGACUAUUUACCAUCAUCAACCUCAUAAUCAAUUAAGAGAAAAGAAAGAAGUUAUUAAAGUCGAAAGUCGAGACAUUCAUUGA